AUGCAGUUUCUGGGUCUUUUCAUGUUUGCCUUGGGUGCUGCCGCGCAAAGUAUCAGCAUUAGCAUCAGCUACAGCUACACGGCCACAGUGACAGCCACGGUCAUCGAAACGAUCACCACAUGUCCCUGUCCGACGACGACGACCACACUCUCUUCUUCGAUACUACUGCCGGACGGGACCAUUACACCUUCUUUUCCUUCGUCGAGUACCGUUGUUACUACCACAACAAGUCUGACUGGUGUUGUGCUUCCAGAUAACACCAUUGCUGCAUCUAUCACCACGUCCACGUCGUUUUCAUCGGCCACUGCCGGAAGCUACUCGUCUCCAUCUGCCCCGGUUUCGAGCAUUUCGACCUUCACCACGUCGACCAUCUCGACCACAUCCAGUACUACUACUACUACCAGCGGUGCCCCGAUCGUGACCAACGAAGCUUACAUCAACACUAUUCUGUUGCACCACAACAUCCAUCGGACCAAUCACUCGGCGAAUGCGUUGACUUGGUCUCCGUCUCUGGCUGAUACAGCUCGUGUGCUUGCCCAGACCUGUGUGUAUGGCCAUGUAACAAACAUCAACGGCGGCGGCUACGGCCAGAACAUCGGCGCCGGAUAUCCCGCAACACCUCUCGGAAUGGGCAACUUCGUCACCGAGGGCCUGUAUAACGGCGAAGUCAACAACUACGUCUCCUACGGCAGCGAGCCGGACCUCAGCCAGCUCGACUACUGGGGCCACUUCACCCAGAUUGUCUGGAAAAGUACCUCCUCGGUCGGCUGCUAUACCGCCGACUGUACGGCCUCGGGGUUGGGCGCUGUCGACGGCAGUGUGCCGCCAUAUUUCACUGUCUGCAAUUAUGCGCCGCCUGGUAUGUGUUGCGAGAAUAUCUAUAUGUCGGAUUCUGUUGGAGAUAUCUCAUAA